GAAGAAAAGAGGUGAAAGAUUACAGCACAUAAGUCAACUGUCGAUCAAUCAAAACAAUUAAACAAACAAAUAAUCCAAAUCUCAGCAAUAAAGAAAAUAUAGGAAAUACGAAAGAAAUUAAUAAUCCUAAUCCCAUAAAACAAUGAUUCAAAUGAACAAAAUUUGAAGCAAAGAUAUCCAUUCAUAAUUUUUCCCCCACACCCCCAAAUCAACCAUUGCUUCUCUCAUUCCGAGGGUCUACAAUUCCAAAAUUCUGUACAAUUUUUACAUGAAUAGAAUUUGAUCAGAGGAAAAAAGGGUUUUUAAUUUUCUGUUCCAUUCUCGAAUUAAUGGGUUCUGAGGCUGAGUCAGAAUGCAGUGAAGUGAUCUUGGGUGUGGAUGGCGGAACCACCUCCACCGUCUGCGUUUGCUUGCCUCUCCUCCGUUUCUCCGAUCACCUGCCGGACCCUCUUCCCGUUCUCGGCCGGGCUGUUGCUGGUUGCUCCAAUUACAACAGCAUUGGAGAAGAGGCAGCUAGAGAUACACUGGCAAAAGUUAUGGAAGAGGCCCUUUCAAUAUCAGGAGUGAACGUAUCAGCUGUUAGAGCUGUUUGUUUGGGUGUAUCUGGAGUUAACCAUCCAAGAGAUGCAGAAAGGGUGUUCAAUUGGAUAAGGAACAUUUUUCCUGCUCAUGUAAAUAUUUAUGUGCACAAUGAUGCCGUAGCUGCUCUUGCAAGUGGGACCAUGGGAAAACUUCAUGGCUGUGUGCUGAUUGCUGGGACGGGGUGUAUAUCUUACGGCUUUACUGAGGAUGGAAGAGAAGCUCGUGCAGCUGGGGCUGGACCAGUAUUAGGUGACUGGGGGAGUGGCUAUGGCAUUGCUGCUCGAGCGUUGACAGCUGUAGUGAGGGCCCAUGAUGGUCGUGAUAUGCAGACAACACUUACAACUCAUAUUUUGGAUUCCCUUGGCCUUUCUUCACCAGAUGAGAUUAUAGGGUGGACUUAUGCAGAUCCAUCUUGGGCCCGUAUUGCUGCCCUUGUUCCUGUGGUAGUAUCUUGUGCUGAAGCUGGUGAUCAAGUUGCAAAUGACAUAUUAAAGAAUGCAGUAGAAGAAUUGGCCUCAAGUGUAAAAGCUGUUGUACGUAGACUGUCCUUGGCUGGGGAAGGAAGAAAUGUGGAUGGCAUUUGGGCACUAACCUUACAAAUGGUUAUCUUGGUUUGCAGAUGGAAGAGGUUCUUUCCCUGUUGUCAUGGUUGGGGGUGUUCUUGAAGCUAACAGGAAUUGGGAUAUAGGGAGCGAAGUUAUCAAUUCUGUUUUUAAGACUUUCGUGGGAGCUUGUCCUAUUAGGCCUAAGGUGGAGCCUGCUGUUGGAGCAGCUUUGGUGGCGUGGAACUCCUUGAAGAAAGAGGUGCAGGCAAACGGCCAUAGAUGAUGGUAUGGUGAAGCUGUGAAAUUGCUUUACUGUGUGUAUAUAAAAAGAAGAGUAAACCCCCCAUUCGGAGUGAUUAAUUUCGUCCUCCAUCUGGGAACAUUUAUGGUUAACGAGGUUAAUUUAGGAGCUGUUGCAUAUUAUUGACUGAAUGGCGUAAUAUAACAUACUACAAUACAGAAUGUAUUUUCCUUCCCUUUUUUUCUUUUUUUUUUUGGUUGACAUAAAGAAUGUAUUUUACAUUGCCUAUUCAUGUCCGCUUGAAAUACAUGCUGCCUUGUCUAGUUAAAUUUGUGUUUUUUUCUGUUCCAACUUUCUGUCUUCCCGCGACAAUUUCUUUUCUUUUUGCUGUUUCACAACUUUCGAAAUUUUCUUUUUAGUCAUGUAUUAAUUCUGAAUGGCAUAUAGCUACCAUAUGAUUCACUGUGAGAAUCAAUCAUUUUGAAUUUUCA